UUACGAGCAGGAGCGGCGGCCUGCAGUGCGCAGGCCCUACGACGUGGACGGCCGGCGCGAUGAUGGCUACUGGCCAGAAGCCAAGCGGGCUGCACUGGAUGACCGCUACCACUCGGAUUUCGGACGCCAGGACCGCUUCCAUGACUUUGACCACAGAGACCGGGGCCGCUACCCCAACCACUCCGUGGACAGGAGAGAAGGUUCAAGGUCGAUGAUGGGAGACAGAGAAGGACAGCAUUACCCUGAGCGCCAUGGAGGACCUGAGCGCCACGGCCGGGACUCCAGAGACGGCUGGGGCUAUGGCUCCAACAAGAGAAUGAGUGAAGGCCGAGGGCUGCCCCCUCCUCCCAGGCGUGACUGGGGGGAGCACAGCCGGAGACUUGAGGAUGACCGGGCAUGGCAGGGCGCUGCCGACGGCGGCAUGAUGGAGCGUGAGCACAAGAGGUGGCAAGGUGGUGAGAGGAGCAUGUCUGGACACUCGGGUCCUGGCCACAUGAUGAACCGUGGUGGCAUGUCGGGGCGUGGCAGUUUCGCUCCGGGUGGAGCCUCGCGGGGCCAUGUGAUUCCACGUGGAGGGAUGCAGGGAGGCUUUGGAGGACAGAGCCGGGGCAGCAGACCCAGUGACGCCCGCUUCACCCGCCGCUACUGAGCACCUGCGCCACCCAGCAGUGACCUCCGUGUCCUGUCAGGACUUCUCCCACCAUUGUACAAAGGAUUUUUUUUUUUUAAUCUGCUGCCAUAUUGUAGCUUGUUACAAUGUGAAUUUGUUUUCAUUUUGGUUUUUGUUGCUGUUUUUUGUAAUAAAGGUGUUUCUGUUCAUGUGCUCUUUACUUCA